AUGACGGUGGAGCUCAUGUCUCACCGGCUCGGAGACUCCUCGGGCUGUGACCGCUGGAAGCUGAAAGCUAGGCGAUCGCCCGGCAAGCGCAGCCGAGCGCGGGAGGGACAAGAAGGCCAUUCAAGGGGGUCCCACCGCCGCGCCAGCCGGAGAGGCGAUCGCCCGGCAAGUGCAGCCGAGCGCGGGAGGGACAAGAAGGCCAUUCAAGGGGGUCCCACCGCCGCGCCCCCCCGGAGAGGCGGUCGCCCGGCAAGCGCAGCCGAGCGCGGGAGGGACAAGAAGGCCAUUCAAGAGGGUCCCACCGCCGCGCCCCCCCGGAGAGGCGAUCGCCCGGCAAGCGCAGCCGAGCGCGGGAGGGACAAGAAGGCCAUUCAAGGGGGUCCCACCGCCGCGCCCCCCCGGAGAGGCGAUCGCCCGGCAAGCGCAGCCCGCGCGGCCAGCGGGCCAGGUCCGCACUCCCCGAACCCUUCGCAGCGCGACCCGAGUCGGUCCCCUUGGGCUUCCCAGGGCGCCCGGGAUGUCACCGAGGAGAGCCUGCCGAGGAGUGUCACCGAGGAGAGCCUGCGGCCUCGGAAAGCCUCGCGACCAGCUGCUCCUCCUCCCUUCAAGCCUCGGUCUGCGCGCAGCCCCCGUCACCGCCCAGACCCUGCGCUCGAGCCCCCCGGCCCCCCAACGUCCCUCUCGUCCCCAGCAGCCCUCUCCCAGCCCAGCUCACCCCUCCCCAGACCCCCGACUCCUCCCGCAGCCCCGCGGGCCCACGCGCCCGCCCGACCUCCGAGCCCUGACACCGACCGGCCUCCCCGUCACACCCACCUGCCCGGGACUUCGCCCUUGCUGCGCCUCCAGAACCGCUUCCUGGCCCCGUCGCCGGCCACGGCCCCUCCUCCUCCCUCAGGCCCGCGGCCCGACACCUCGAGCGCGGCCGGCCAGGCCCGGCGGCCCUUUGCUGCACCCCGAGCGGCCCCUCAGCGGCCCCCGGACGCCCGAGCCCAGCGCCCAGAGGCUCUUCCGCCUGCUCCCGGAAGUCCCGCCUCCACACGCCCGGAAGUCCCGCCUCCGCCCAGGCGCGCCGGACGCAAGGCGCGGGCGUGA